AUGACCAACAUCCGAAAAUCCCACCCUCUCCUAAAAAUCAUUAACCAUUCAUUCAUUGACCUUCCCACACCAUCGAACAUCUCAACAUGAUGAAAUUUCGGCUCACUACUAGGUACAUGUUUAGUGAUCCAAAUCAUCACAGGACUCUUCCUGGCCAUACACUACACAGCAGACACAACAACAGCAUUUUCAUCCAUUGCCCACAUCUCACGAGACGUAAACUACGGCUGAAUCAUCCGACAGACUCAUGCCAACGGAGCAUCCAUAUUUUUCAUUUGCCUCUUCAUCCACACAGGCCGAGGCCUCUAUUACGGAUCUCAUACCUAUUCAGAAACCUGAAAUAUCGGCAUUAUCCUACUUUUCUUAAUCAUGGCAACAGCCUUCAUAGGUUAUAUUUUACCCUGAGGACAAAUAUCAUUCUGGGGGGCAACAGUGAUCACAAACCUACUAUCCGCCAUCCCAUACAUCGGCACGAACAUAGUAGAAUGGAUCUGAGGAGGAUUCUCAGUAGACAAAGCCACCCUCACACGCUUCUUCGCCCUCCAUUUUAUUCUCCCCUUCGCUAUCCUAGCCCUAGUAAUCGUUCAUCUCCUAUUCUUACACGAAACUGGAUCCAACAAUCCCUCAGGAAUCCCAUCAAACUCAGACAAAAUCCCAUUCCACCCCUACUAUACAAUUAAAGACAUCCUAGGAAUACUCUUACUCGUCCUACUACUCCUCACCCUCACUCUCUUCUACCCAGACCUCCUAGGGGACCCUGACAACUACACCCCAGCCAACCCCCUAAACACACCAUCCCACAUCAAACCAGAAUGGUAUUUCCUAUUUGCCUACGCAAUCCUACGCUCCGUCCCCAGUAAACUAGGAGGAGUCCUCGCCCUAAUUACAUCCAUUCUAAUCCUAGCACUCAUCCCAACCCUACGAUUAUCUAAACAACGCAGCAUAAUAUUCCAGCCAAUUAACCAAUGCCUAUUCUGAAUCCUAACCGCCAACCUCCUCACACUCACCUGAAUUGGGAGCCAACCAGUAGAACAUCCCUUCACCCUCAUCGGCCAAGCAGCGUCCCUCCUAUACUUCUCCACCAUCCUUAUCCUCAUACCCUUAGCUAGCCUCAUUGAAAAUAAACUCCUCAAAUGAAGA